AUGGCGUCCAGCGUAGAUGCCAAGCUGAUGAGGCGGACUAAGUUCCCCCCUGAGUUCAGCAAGAAGGUAGAUAUGACCAAGGUCAAUAUCGAAGUUAUGAAGAAAUGGAUUGCAAGUCAAAUCUCCAAGAUAUUGGGGAACGAGGAUGACGUCGUUAUCGAGCUCUGCUUCGCGCAUCUUGAGGGGGCACGCUACCCCGAUAUUAAAUCUCUCCAAAUCCAACUCACCGGAUUUCUAGACAAAGAUACCGCCAAGUUCUGUCAGGAGCUGUGGUCGCUGUGCCUAAGCGGUCAGGCCAAUCCACAGGGCGUCCCGAAGGAACUCCUGGAAGCCAAAAAGCUUGAGCUCAUACAAGAGAAGCUCGAGGCCGAGAAAGCCAGCGAGGCACUUCGUCGCCGACGCGAACAAGACCAGAAUCGCGAACGAGAGCUGGACGAUGUGAGACGCCGCGAGCGACCAGACCGUGGACGUGGAGGAAGAGGUGGCGAUCGUGGAGAUCGCGGUGGCCGUGGAGGUCGAGGACGCGACUUCAACAGACGAUUCUCGCCUCCCAGAGACCGAAACCGCAGCCGCGACCGAUUCCGUGAGCCUCCAUUGCGACGCGACUUGGACUCCUACGUGCCACCUGGUAAUCGGCGCCGCCGAUCCUCUCGCUCUCCCCACGGCACCCGUUCUCCAUCUGGAACCCCAAAGCCGUCGUCCCCAUCUCGCCGAAACCGCGACGAACCACACCACAGACGACGCGAACGCCCAAGCAUCUCAGUCUCUCCCGAGCGACGCCGCGGAGGAGCGAGAAGGCGCAGCAGUCCGGAUUACGGUGACCGUGUUAAAGCAAGACCCAUUUCCCGCAGCCGUUCCCCGCGCUCACGUUCCCCCAGAGGAAACCGCCGCCGAAGCUCCGUCUCUCGCAGCCGCAGUGUAUCUCGCUCGCGAUCCCGCCGCCCGUCUGGACGUUAUGCCCGCCACGAUUCCCGUCGCUUAAGUCGCAGCCGCAGCCGCAGCCGCAGCCGCACCCCUGACCGUACCGGUACACGUGAUCGUGGUGAGAACCGUCGACGCCGCAGCCCCAGCGGUGAUCGGCGCCUUAGCCGCAGCCGCAGCAACAGCCCCAAGAAGGAUACUGACGGCAAGCGGCCGCUCUCUGUGGAAAGAGACAACCCUGAUGACAAACGACGCAAGAUGGCUGAUGAGAAUGAGGUCUCCUCUACCCGAACCCCUCCGAAAGCUGAUGAGCCGCCCAAAACUGAUGACAAUUCAUUCCUAUUUAAUACUAAGAAACCGCUUUCUGUUUGGACACAGUCGACUGCAUUCCGUGAGAAAUUACUCCGGGAGAGAUGUAUUGCUAUGCGUCGUCAGGCUGCCCAGAAGCCGAGCAGUGCCUCACAGCCAAAGCAGGACUAA